AUGGCUACCCCUAGUGUCCUCGCUUUUGACGCUGAGGGUCGGGCCAUUGACUUUGAGGUCUGGGUAGACGACCUGCAGCUGUUCUUACAGUGCGAUAGGGCAGACGGCCUCUCUCUCUUUGACCUUACCUCUGGCGCUUCCUCUGCCCCUGCUGCUGAUGCUGACGCCACUGUUCGCUCCCAGUGGGCCACGCGCGAGGGUGCUGCACGUCUUGCUGUGCGUCGCCACCUCCCUACCUCCGAGCGUGCGCACUUUAGUCAGUACAAGAGUGCUAAGACCUUGUACGACGCUGUAGUCGCGCGCUACUCAUCCCCUGCCACUGCUGCACUGAGCCUGCGGCGUCUGCCCCUAGCGGGAGACGCCGCCCUGGCAAGAGCAAGGGGGGCAAGGGAGCUGGAGGAGCGGGCGGUGGAGGUGGAGGUGGAGGCGGUGGGGGUAGUGGGGGUGGCGGUGGGAGUGGAGGUGCGGGUGGGGGGGUCGGUGGCGGCAGUGGAGGCGGAGGCGGCGGCGGCGGUGGCGGUGGGAGCGGAGGUGGCGGAGGAGGCGGCGGUGGAGGCGGCGGUGGAGGCGGCGGUGGAGGCGGCGGCAGUAGCGGAGGCGGCGGAGGCGGUGGGGGUGGCGGUGGAGCUGGUCGCGGGCCUUCGCAGAGGAGUGGCUCCGCGGGGUGGGGGUUUUGGUCCGUGCACCUACGUCCUGCGCACCGGCGACCGUGCGGGUGAGCAGUGUGGGGGCCCGCACCCCACCCAGCGCUGCUUUGGCCGCCUGACGGACGCGUGGCGUCACCAGUUCCCGGAGGCCUCAGAGAUUCCUCGUUGGGGCGAGCUGUCUAGGGCGGGUGUUGCCAUCUUUGAUCUUGACUUUGAUGCUAUUCUCUCUGCCAUGUAUACUGUGUCUCAUAGUGAUGAGGGUGACUACUACCGCUGUUUCCCGCCCGAUCCGGGCAUUGAGGCUGCUGCCCUAGGUGCUUGCGACGCUGCUGCUCUAGGUGCUAGUGUGUCUGCGUCCUCAGGUACUGGUGAGUCUGCGCUCUCAGGUACUACGUCGGCUUCGGCCUCCCUCACCUUCACUCUUGACUCUGGGGCGUCUCGCUCCUUCUUUCGGGACCGCACCACACUCACGCCGCUUAGUCGGCCGGUUGCGGUGUCUCUGGCUGACCCCUCCGGGGGUCCUGUACUGUCUCGCUUCUCCACAGUCCUCCCGUGUCCGGCGGCUCCCUCUGGUACCCUGUCUGGUCUCUACCUCCCCUCGUUCUCGACGAACCUGGUGAGUGGUGCUGACCUACAGGAUGGGGGAGUACACCAGUUCACUCCUGCGCGUCAGCGGGUGACGCACUGUACAGAGGCUAGCACAGGCCGGCACCUGGCUACGUUUACCCGUCAGCCGGGGUCGAGCCUGUACACACUGACCACUGCGUCUCCUCCCGUUACUGAGUCUGGUAGAGUCGCCUCGUCCGGUCAGGGCCCUGGCCCUGCGUGUGUCCCCUGUGUCGAGGGGCGCCAGCGGGCUGCCCCUCACUCCUCCCAUUUUCCUCCGACAGAGGCCCCGUUGCAGACGCUUCACAUGGACGUGUGGGGCCCGGCCCGCGUCCAUGGACAGGGUCACGAGCGCUACUUCCUGCUCGUUGUUGACGACUACUCGCGUUACACCACGGUCUUCCCCUUGCGCAGCAAGGGUGAUGUCACUGAGACCUUCACGCUUCCGGACUCACCGCAGCAAAAUGGGAUUGCUGAGCGCCGCAUUGGCAUGGUCAUGGACGUCGCUCGUACGUCUAUGAUGCAUGCGGCUGCCCCCCAUUUUCUGUGGCCCUUUGCGGUCAGGUACGCGGCGCAUCAGAUCAACCUCCACCCCAGGGUCUCCAGGCCGGAGACCUCCCCAGCCUUACUGUGGACGGGGAAGGUUGGCGAUGCGUCGGCGUUCCGGGUCUGGGGAUCUCGGGCGUUUGUCCGCGACUUGUCUGCGGACAAGCUGUCCCCUCGUGCUGCUCCUUGCGUCUUCGUGGGGUUCCCCCCUGACGCGCCUGGGUGGCAGUUCUACCACCCCACCUCUCGACGUGUUGUGUCCUCCCAGGACGUCACGUUUGACGAGUCGGUCCCCUACUGCCGCCUCUACCCCUACCGCACUCCGGUCCUGCCCCUUCAGGUGUGUCCCAGGUAG